AUCACCCUCGGUCUCGCGACAGCUGCUUAACAUAAAAUGGCUACAAUGUAACAUCUUUGCCUUUUGAUGUCUCUCGCGGCUGCUCCGGGAGAACUGGGGAUCUAAAGCCAGAACAAAAGCCCCUCCCCUGCGGGACCUGCCAGAGACAUGCAUCACCAGGAGAAGAGCCCCUCGCCGGUGCCCGGCAUUGCCCGCUCCGCCACGGCACUCGCUUACCACGAGCACUACGGUCCCGUCAAGAGCAAAGCCCUGAAGACUGAGAAAGACGCGGCGUUGCCCUCCUUCUCCUUGGGCGCAGGCUACAAUGACCCGGCUGUGUCGGGCAGCCAGAUGCACCCAACAGGAAGUGGAGGCAGCGGGGCACAAGCUCAGGACCUGCGGCUCUCGAAGCGCAGACCCCUCCCAGGGAAGCACUACCAGUGCUCCAGCUAUGGCUGCAAGCUAGCCUUCCACAGCAUGCAGGAGCUCAUGGAUCACAUGAGAGUCCACUACAGACCCACCCAGUCCCUGGAGGGUAAAAUAUUCCACUGCCCCACCCAGGGCUGCACGGAAACUUUCCCCAGCAUGCAGGACCUGGUGGCUCACAUGAAGGUGCACUACAAGCCGAACCGCUACUUCAAGUGUGAGAACUGCCUGCUGCGCUUCCGGACUCACCGCUCCCUCUUCAAGCACCUGCACGUCUGCUCCGACAGCGCCAGCAGCCCGGCUCCGGCGCAGAAAGCCGAGAGGCCCCCCGCACCUGCUACCUCCGGACUGGAGAAGGACCCCCCGGCCAAGCCGCUGGAGGGGCUGCCCAAACUCCAGAGCGUCAUCCGGCACAUGGAGAAAGAAGCCAUCCUCCCCAGCAUGGACGCUGUCUCCACCGCCGUGCCAGCCUCACUCCCCACUAGUCUCCCUGGUCUCCACGGCUCCCUGGAGUCCAUGCCUCUGGUCUCUCCGGCCUCCCACCCGUUCCCUCUGCUGGAGCCCUCGCUCUUCGGGCCGUCGUCCUUGACCCGGUUCUCGGGCCAGCCUCACUCCUCGGUGCCGGGGUCUUUCCUGUCCUACAUGCACCCCUCUCCCUACAGCUUACCUCAGGCUUCAGUUCAGCAUCGCCUCAGGCAGUAUCUGCCCAGCCAAGGCCUCCCCGUCUCCAACGCUGUGUGGAAGAAAAGUCAAGGUGUGUGCGUCGGCCCACGCCUCCCAUGCUUUGGCUCAGGUGUGACUUCAGGCCACUCCUCCAACAGCCGCAUCGUGUGGGAGCACACGCGAGGGCGCUACACCUGCAUGCAGUGCCCGUUCUCCAGCGCCUCGCGGGAAGAGAUGACGCUGCACAUCGACGAUCAGCACAAGAAUCCACCCCUGCCCAGCCGGCUGGAUGGAGAGAUGGACUUCGGCGUCGGCCUCGCCUCCUUCCACUCAAAGCUCCCGCCGGAGAUGGAGAACUCCCUGUACUCGCAGCUCUGAUGCUCCUGCUGAGCCAGGGGUGGGGAGGGAGGGAGGUGUGCAUGGGAAUGCCAUAGGACCAGGGGUACGUAAAAGCCAGUGCUGCAGCAGGAACCUACCCCCCCUCUUCUGCCGGCGCUGUGUUUGCACCCCUCCCCUCACCUGUAGCCAUGCCACUGACUUCAAGCUGUGCACUGCAAAGAGUUUGGGCAGGGAGAGGCUUUUCCUUGGGGUUUUAGGUGUUUUUUUCUUUUGGGAAACUUAAAUUUAAGUCCUGGAAGCUUGUGUAUCCCCCCCUACUCCAGAUCUUAUUGCUUCAGGCACAAGGGUUCUCUGUAGAGCCUGGUAGAGUUGCUCAGGAGUUAGUGGACUUCUUCGCGGGGAUGAGGUCGCUAAGAAAUAAAUGGGAAUUGGACAGAAGGGUCUGCGUCUGCUCUGCGUGGUGCUGCCUUGGGCCUGGCCUCUCCCUGGGCGUGGAACAGGGGGCUGAGCAGCAGGGCUCUAAGCACAGGCUGCAGCUGGGUAAACACUGGUGUGAGUUUCCUUUGGGGGAUGGAGUUGGAGGUGGGUACCCUGCAUGGGGAGGGCUCGAGGGGAGCGGGGCUGGCUAGGCAGUAGCCUCAGGGCAGGAUAAUUGAUUUGGAACAGGGUAAUGGCAGGGCCUGGCCUGGCCGAGCCACCCCUGCUUCCCUCAGAGCACUGUGCCAGGAAGCUGGGGACAAGGCCAACCUGCAGAAUUCUGCUUUUUGGGGAGCAGGAAGCUGACAGCACCAAGCUCGGCCGAGGGAGCUGGCCAGAGCAGGAUUGGUGUCUUCCGCUGGCAGCGCCUUCAGGCUGGGACCUGCUGUGCGAACACCCAGCCCCUCUUUGCCCUUCGGUGCUUAUGCUCUACGAAAACCAGGCAGAGCCCGCUGUGCCUCCCAGCAGGGGAGACAGAGGCAGAGCGGGGGUGGGUCUGGUUUUCAAAAGGGCUCCCCCUUUUUCCCCCCAUCCCCAGCUUUGCUGCUGUGUGAAACUGGCCUCCUCAGUC